CAAAUGUAUGGAAACAUUGAUUGAAUUUUGAGAGCAUUUGUGUGUAAUUUAAUCUUUUGAUUCAUUCAUUGAAAGUGUGAAUCAAUUAGUUUUGAAAACAACAUUUGUAUCGCCAUAUCGUUGGUAGUGAUCGACGGGUUAACACAUUUUGCUGACCACUGACCACAAGAGUGACCCAAUUGAAGACACAACAAUUGAAUGCAACAAAUUGGCCGCAAAUGCCGCGUUCGUUUGGACCAUCGAACCGGUCACUGUUUGUCCGCAAUGUGGCCGAAGUGACCAGAUCCGAGGAUUUACGGAACCUAUUUAACGAUUACGGACACGUGACCGAUGUCUAUAUACCUCUGGAUUACUAUACCCAUCGUCCGCGCGGUUUUGCUUACGUGCAGUUUGAUGAAUUAAGAGCAGCUGAAGAGGCUGUCCAUAACUUGGACAGAGUUCGUCUAUUUGGUCGUGAAUUGGAAGUUGAGUUCGCACAGGGAGACAGAAAAACGCCGUCAGAAAUGCGAGUUAGAGAGCGAGGAGUAACCUAUCGAGGAGGAGGAGGAGGAGGUCAUAGUCGUCGAUAUAAUCGAGAUAAUCGAAGAGACGAUUGGAGACGUAGAUCCAGAUCUCGUUCAAGAGAUAGAACUGAUAAACGACACCGUUCCCGCCAUCGUUCCCGAAGUCGAUCCCGAUCUCCACAACGCUCUCAUAGGCGCCGAAAUCACUCUCAUAGCAGAUCUCGAUCCAAAUCAAACUCACGCUCAAAGUCAAGAAAAGGUCACGAAAGCACUCGCCAUAAAAGUAGUCGACAUAAUGAUAAAGAGCCAAAUAAUCACAACAAAAAUCACGAUAAUUAUACAAAUGAUAAGUUUAAGAAUGAAGAAGAUAUUGAAUUUAAAGACAAAGAAAUCAAAGAAGAACCUCGAAAUGAGGUCAACGAAUUGGAAGAGAGAAAUCACUCGACAAACACGACUCCAUCCAGUAUUGAGCAAACAAAUGGUGAUAAACACUCUUUAAGUGGCGAUUCAAAAGAAGACAAUAACGACUGUCAGUCAUGAUAUGAGAAGAUGUGUUAGACAUUUGUCGCUCAUUUCAAAGCUAUUGUUUGGUUUAACAUUUCUGACUUUUUUAAAAUGAUUUUUUUGUUUUCUAAUUUGUUUGUUUGAUUGUUUGGUAAA